AACACUUUGAAAUGUUUUACUACCUUUUAAACCUCAUCUCUCUCCACUAUAUAAAACCAUCACCUCAUCUCCUCUGUUUCCCCUGCCUAAGUCUCAAACUCUUCCUCAUUUCAUACCUCUUACUCAAAAUGAGAGGCUUUAGCUUCAAAAACAUGUCAUUCCUACUCUUGAUGGUUCUUCUCAUGUGGUGUUUCCACAUAGAAACUUGCAAUGCGAGAAGAGUAGGCUCGCAUUGGAGGAAAAGUCAAGGCAUCGCGUCUUCUCUUUCAAAGAAGAAAGGAAAAGCUCAUAGCUCCAGUCACCAUAACAGCCACCAUAGCAAGCCAAAACAGAAAGCACCAUCUCCAAAACCAGCCACGCCCACGCCCUCGCCCUCACCCUCGCCCUUGCCCUCGCCACCAGCCGCUACUCCAAUUAAAACUCCGCCACCAGACCAGAAUGCACCUGAUUCCACUGUCUUUAAUGUGCUGGAUUUUGGAGCCAAAGGUGAUGGAAGCACCGAUGACACUAAGGCAUUCGAAGCAGCAUGGGCUGCUGCAUGUAAGGUGGAAGCCUCCGUCGUUAACGUGCCACCGGAUUACGUAUUCCACGUCGGCCCCAUUUCAUUUUCCGGCCCAUACUGUCAACACAACAUUGUUUUCCAGUUAGACGGCACGAUCAUUGCUCCGACGAGCUCAAGUCCUUGGGGUUCAGGCCUGCUGCAGUGGCUCCAAUUCACCAAAUUGGUGGGGCUGACGAUCAAGGGAAGCGGCACCAUUGAUGGAAACGGCGCCGUAUGGUGGCAGAGCGCCUCAGGCGAAGACGAUCCCCUUGACGACCAAUCAAAAUACAUCAUCCCCGCAAACGCCACCGCACUGCCAAAGUCUCCCUUCCCUGUAAGUAGCUCACUUGCAAAAAUGCCAAGCGUUAAACCAACUGCGCUUAGAUUCUACGGAAGUUUCAACGUAACGGUGACAGGGAUCACAAUAAUAAACAGCCCACAAUGCCAUCUGAAGUUCGACAACUGCAUCGGAGUAUCGGUGUACAAUUUCACGGUGUCAUCGCCCGGCAACAGCCCCAACACCGACGGAAUCCAUCUCCAGAACUCUAAAGAUGUGCUCAUUCGCAGCUCAAAUCUCGCCUGCGGGGACGAUUGCGUGUCGAUACAAACAGGGUGCACCAACGUGUACAUACACAACGUGAACUGUGGGCCGGGGCACGGGAUCAGCAUCGGGGGGCUGGGCAAGGACAACACCAAGGCGUGCGUGUCCAACAUCACGGUGCGGGACAUCGUGAUGCACAACACGAUGAACGGGGUGAGGAUCAAGACGUGGCAGGGGGGGUCGGGGUCGGUGAAGAAUGUUCAGUUUUCGAAUAUUCAGGUGUCGGAGGUGCAGGUGCCGAUCGUGAUCGACCAGUACUACUGCGACAAGAGGAGCUGCAGGAACCAGACGGAGGCGGUGGCGCUGUCGGGGAUCAACUACGCCAACAUAAGGGGGACGUACACGGUGAAGCCGGUGCACUUCUCGUGCAGCGACAACGCGCCGUGCACGGAGGUGACGCUGAUGAACAUACAGCUGAAGCCGCAGCAGGAGGGAUACCAUAUGUAUGAUCCCUUUUGCUGGCAGACGUUUGGGCAGCUAUACACGCCCACCGUUCCGCCGCUCGAUUGUCUGCAGAUUGGAAAGCCGGCCAACAACCACAUUCAGGGGGACGACGACGUUUGCUAAUUGCAAUUUUAGAUUCAAUUGGUGCUAACGUUGGAGUGGACGGCCAGGAUUUGGCUGGCCCCUGAAUUCGCACCCACUAGAUUUAAAUAUAUUACUUCUAUAUAAAUAUAGUACUCCGUGUUAGUAGUGUUAGCUUACACGAUUUAUUUACGCUUUGUGUGGUGUGGAGAAGAAUCAUCAUGAGAUGCGAUUUUCUGUAUGUAUUAAGAUUAAGUCCAGCUCAAUUGAAUGUGAGAUAUAUGAGAGAUGGAGCGGAAUUAUAUUGCAAA